AUGGACGAAGAUGAAGUAGCUUCCAUUCUGGGAGAGACGAGUACCAAUAACCCACCUCCUCGACCUGGAGUACCUAGACGAGGAGAGAACAGGGAGUUUGACACAUAUUUUGACGGGACUACAGCCGAGUAUGAUCCUGGCGAAGUGGAUUUCCAGGAACUACGAAGAGCUGCUUGGGCGACUUGGCGAACCAGACCCCCUGCUGCUUUAGGGGGGAACAGUAGCAAUAGAGUAGAAGAAGAGGACGAUGAGCUAUCUCGCGUAUUGGCACUUUCCGCUCAAGAGCAUUUCUCCCGAACGAGUUCUCGUCAACCCUCCGUUGUGGUAGACGAUGACGACGAAGAUGAGGAACUCAAAAGAGCUAUAGCGAUGUCUGAAGAAGAUGCGAGAGCACCAAAGAGGAGAAAGAGAGAAGAGACGCCGGAAGAGGAGAGGCGUAUGCUUGCAGAAGCCAUGGCAGCUUCACUUGCAGAAUCCGAACCUGGUCCCUCGAACGACUCCCCUCAACAAUCUCAAACCUCGACCAUCGUCUCCACCCAAUCAUCUACCGCGUCUAGCUCUACGAUCGUUGCUGCGACACCGUCGGAAACUGUCAAGGCGCCAGUACUCAAGAUAGGUGGUCAGGUGAUUGAUCGAGCGCAGUUAGAAAGAGAAAGAAGGGAAAGACAAGCAGCACGUCAAGCUGCUUUGUCAGGUACUCCGACUCCAAUCACUGUCACCACUAUGUUUACACCUACGCCCACGCCCAUAGCCGGUCCAUCGAGAAUAGCAGGCAUGUCGUCAAUCACCCCAUCGGUAUCUAGUGCCGGUCCAUCAACAUCACGAGCUAAUCAAAGCUCAUCAAUCCAUCCUCUUCAAUCGUCCGGACCGUUCCCCAGCGAUGCUGCGGGAGAAUAUUAUCCGAAUGGCGAAUUGAGGCAUGUAGCCUUGAAGAUCGGUAAUUCCACUACGGAAAGAACUUUUUCACCUGCACAAAUAGUUGGUAAUCACUCUCAGAUUUCUCUUAUAAUCAUGUCAUCUUUCGUGAUCGACGAUCAAUGGGUAAUGGACAAGAAUAUCUUACCUCCACCUGAAGAAGUGCCUACCAUCGUAGUACGCCCUCAUCCGAAAGAUAAACCGGAGUAUAACGGUAGGAUCCAAUUACAUCCAAAUGGCGAGAUGUGGGUUUAUCCGAAGAUGACGACGGGCUUUGGGAGUGCGCAUAUGAAGUACUUUUGGAUCUUCUAUAAGACGGGUAGGUUGAGGUCAGUAAUCUCAACAGCGAAUAUGGUAGAUUACGACUGGGAAAUGAUCGAGAAUACAAUAUUCGUCCAAGAUUUCUUACCUUUGCCUCAACCAAAUCCACUCCGAAGCGACCUCAGAACCCACGAUUUCCCUCUACAAUUCGCUCAUCUCUUCACUCACACACGUAUACAUACUGCUUUGCGAAGCUUGAUACGUGCCCAUCCUCAUGGCUCACAAAUCCCUUUUACACCGGAGGAUAAUUUUGGUGAUCUGGCGAAAUACGAUUGGAGUAAAGUGAAGGUCAGGUUGGUAAUCAGUAUACCAGGGACUUAUACGGGCUACGAACAGAUAAAUAAAUUUGGGAUAAGUAGAUUGGGUAAAGUGUUGAAUGAGGAAGGUUGGGCACCUAAGUCGGGUGAACAGUUGGAUGUAGAAUUCCAAGGAUCUUCCUUAGGAACAUAUAGCUUGGAAUGGUUCUCGAAAUUCCACUCUUUCAUCUCUGGUAAAACCGCUCAACAAAUAUCAAAUAGAUCCAAACCUAACGCAUGGCCUGAGAUCAGAAUCUUGUUCCCUACUUUGGCUAACGUGGAAGCGAGCCAGCUUGGUAAAGAAGGAGGAGGAACUAUGUUUUGCGGGAAGGGUUUCAACGACGUGACGAGGAGUUUGUUCAGGGAUAGUAGGAGUAAGAGAGGAAGGGUCUUGAUGCAUACUAAGAUGCUGAUAGCUACUUUCGAACCUGAAGAGAACAAAUUGGGUCUUGGUAAAUCGUCGACGCCAGCUAAAUCAGCUAAGAGGAAAGUGGACGAACUGAAAGAUGAAGUUGGAGGUUGGAUAUACGUAGGAAGUCAUAAUUUCUCUCCUUCAGCUUGGGGUAAUGUGGAAUUCAAGAAGGACCCUCCUACGCUGAAUAUCAAGAAUUACGAAAUUGGAAUCGUGUUCCCACUUGAACGAGACAAAGCGAAAGCUCAAGCCGACAAGGUCGCGCCGUACGUCAGACCUGCUCAGAGGUAUACUGCGGGUGAUGUUCCAUGGGAUCUAAAUGCUCAUCGAUAA